AAAUCUCUUCUAGAGAUUAGUCAAAUAUAAUCCACGUCUGAAUCGGGAUCAUCCUAUUUUGUGAAGAAAAAAAAAGUAUUUAAAAUUACUUUUUUUUUAUUUGUAACACUUUCAAGAGCUGAAGUUUUGUUUCCCAACAAUGAGGUCUACUCUACUUCUAACGAUAUUUGCUGUGGUCUGUGUAACAUACAUUCAGUGUCAAGACUGUUCUGCUGUUAAUGCUUGUAUUGGAAAUGAUUUCAGAGAGAAAAUUGGACGGAAAUCGCAAGUGGCAGAUUUUCCAUCAGUCUGCAUUGACUAUAAAUAUGCCCUAGACUGCAUCAAUGCUGUCACUGUGGCUGGAUGUCAAGUAGCAGCUGCAGCUGCAUUUACAACUCUGAAUGAUUUAACUCACAAUACAUGUGGUCCUGAUGGUAAACUAAUAGGCUGUGGCCAUGACAUCUAUCAAUGUGUACUACAAGCUCAAAAUAUAUUAUUAGAUUAUAAAAAUAACAAUGUCAUGGCUGCUUGUCCUGUUGUGACCAAGUUCUCUACUUGUGCUAAUGCCAUCAAGGCUAACACUGAGUGUGAUGCAGGAUUGGUAGCUUCUUUGGUUGACGCAGAGACAAUGUUUAAACAAGAUACCUUAUUGACUAGAUGCUAUGGACCUUGUGCUGCUGCUAUUGGAAACUGUACUUUAGGCCUGACCACUGAUAUCUCAGGACUAUCUAUUACUCAAACCAACUGGACAAGCUUUUGCAGAGAUUCAUUUACAGCAUUGGGCUGUAUGAAAAACUUUACUGCAACCAGUGUUUGCUCAUCUACUUCAGGAGCACAAUUUCUACGAGCGCAGUUGGCAAGUCAAAAUGCCUACUUGAAAGAUUAUUGUGAUGCCAGUGGUCGACCCUCCCAAUGUGUUGUUGGUUUAAGCAUGUGCAAUACAGAUAUUGUGAGCCUAACUCCACAGUCAGAUAUUAAAACACAAUGCGCGGCUGCAGCAAAAUUUUUAGAAUGCACUAGUUCUCUCCCUUGUGAACAAGAAUUAGCUGCUCUUGUUCAAGAUAUGAGAAAUCAGUUUCAGACAGGGGAGCGCACUACAAAUUGUCCCACUGUUGGCAGCUGUAGUCAUCGUCUAGCUUAUUGUCAGUCUGCUGAAGAUGAAUUAAAGGCCAUCCAUGAUGCUAUGACCAGUUCUGUUUAUUGCCGGAUCGCAAUGUCUGCCUCUAGAUGUUUUGAAUUUGUCAGAAAUGAUCCAAUCUGUUAUCGUGAAAAUAUGAUAGUUGAUGGUUUUGAAAUCUCAUUGGUUACAAAUAUCGUACCUACAUGUGGAGCUGUCACUGGCACGUGCGUAGAGCGUCUGAAGAUUUGUGAUAGUUUUGAAUAUAUUAUUAGGAGCAUCACCACUACAACAGGCAUCAUUAUUUACUGCGGACUUACAGAACGCGUUAUUGAUUGUUUUGAACGAACCAGAAUAUCUGGGAGAUGUUCAGAGCCAAAGACUUCAUUCGAGAACAGAAUCAUAUCUCUGUGGCAAGGUAAGGAAAGGAUGUCAGUAGUUUCCGGCAUGGGGGGCAUUAGGGCCUACAUUUCAGACACAAGAGUGAUGAACUACAUAAUUUCAAAUGAAUAAAUACAUUUUAACUCU